UGAACACAGGAAGCGCAAUAUUUCUUCAUCGAAGGCGCAGGCAUUGAUCGAGCCCUUUUCAGUCCGAGCACAAUCCCAUCAGAGCCCUUCAUCAACGCGUCCGUCUCGAUGGUACAACUUCUCUCGUUCUGUAUUUCUUCGUCCUCGUCUUCGCCCUCGCCCUCGCCCUUGCCCUCGUCCUCCUCCCCUCGACCUUCUCCAACCAACCAGUGACAUGCCGAAACGUGUCGCAGACGAAUAUAUCACAAAGGACAACGGCUCUACAGCGAACAACCCCACCGCAGACGAAAAACCCAAAAUGUCCACAGCAGCUCAACAGGCACGGCGAAAGAUAGCCACGCCGCGAGGUCGGCUAGGCGGAAGCCGCUCGUCUCAUUCCUCUUCCUCAUUCAGCACCUCGAAUCCUUUUGCGCAAAGCACAACCCAACAACAGCCGUUUCCCACUAUGAAUGGCGGUGUUGCCUUUGGCGCAAGCCAAUCUUUCCCUCAGACGUCUGCUGGCACAAGCAGUUCUUUCAAUUUUCAGCCUCCCCAGGCUAGCUCCUUUACCUUCGGUGCGCCUUCCGGCACACCUAAUCCCUUUGCGAACGCGAAUGGAACUGUGGACGCGCCAGAUGUCUCUAUGGAAUCACCCCAGAAGAAACCUGCGUUUGGGAGUGCUUUUGGAUCAAACAAUUUCACAUUUGGCCAGCCUGCUGGACAACAGUCCGGUGCCCCAUUCAGUUUUGGUGGAACUCAGACUGCAAGCACAAAUGGCGCGAGUUUUUUUGAGCAGUCUCCGAAGCCCACGGAGUCCCCUGCUACAACGAACCCUUUUGCUCAGCCUUCCCAAUCACAGCCAUUAUUUCGCGGGUUUGGUCAGUCGUCGUCGACAGCAGAGUCUCAGACGCCGGCCUUCAGCUUCGGCCAAAGCACAUCUGUUCCCCAAAGUCCGCUUCCCGCUUUCGGCACUAAACAUGGUGCUGAUACGCAACCCGCGGCCCCAAAAUUCACCUUUGGCCAGACCAGUACUACACCGCAGAAUCAAGGCACCGUAUUUUUGGGCUCAAACACGCCAGCAACCCAAAGCGUUGGCGGCAGUAUGUUUGGUUCUACCACGAACCAGACGUCCAAUACUGGAUUCCCACCAUCAACAUCUACCGAAUACUCUUUCGGACAAAAUCCCACCGGAACCCCCUCGAUAGGCAAUCCCUUUGCCAAACCCGGUGCCACGAAAGCGGAAGAGCCCAAACCUGCUACUCCGUUGUUUGGUGCUGGGAACACUUCGCAACCUGCUCCCGAGCCGCAACAACAACCUUCAUCACCAGAGAAGCCAGCUGCUUCAGAAUCCGAUACCCAACCUGCAAACCCUUUCGCUGGUCUCUUUGCCGGUGUGAAUACUCCAACCCCAGCCUUCCCCGCCUCAAAACCCAUGUUCAACCUUGGCACGACAAGUCAGACAGCCACGCCUCCCGCCGAAAAGCAAGAAACGACCACAAGUAAGUCGCCAUUCAGCUUUGGUGCCACAACGCAACCCAAGCCUGCCACGGGUGAAUCCGAACCGAGACCCUCAAAUGCGACGUUCAAAUUCGGCUCCACGACUCCAGCCACGGGAUCAACAACACCUGACCUCUUUGGGGGACUAGGAAGUUCUGGUAGGCCAACUCCUCGAGCAGAGGCUCCUAAAGCUGGUCCUCCGGCAGGAAUCUCUCAGGGAGAUGCUGAGCAGCCGAAGGAUGCUGCACCAAAGCCGUUGUUCACCUUUACAACCCCGUCGAAGCCUGCCUCUGUUGGGGGAUCAUUUUCGACGGUGAAAGGCCCCGAAGACGGCAAAGUCGCAAGUGCAAGCCUGUUUAGCAAGCUAAGCAGCGCUGUUGAAUCUCCAUCCCAGCCUUUAUUCAACGCACAACCCAAGGCCGCACUAGAGAGCAGCUGGCCGCAAGCACCGACUACCAGUCUGUUCCCCGGCGCACCAAAAUCUGGCGUGGAUGGAAGUAAAACUACUGCAGAGCCAGUUUUCCCUCAUUCGUCUCCGGCUCCCACCUUGUUCAGUGGUCUGUCCCGACCAGAACCUCAACAAUCCCAAGUCGCUCAAAAAUCUUCCCCUACUACUGGUGCUUUCUCCGUCGCCGCUGCGCAAGUUGGUCAGCUUCCAGCUGCAGAUGCACACAUUUCUGCAGGGACCGCAAGCCAGCCGGUACGAAAGCCUUCUGAAAAUGCAGAGGAAUCUGUAACGGAUGUGGAGCCGGUGAAGAGACCUGUAUACACCAAGGCCCCGUCACGCGUUCCUGGCCAUACCACUCCCGAACAGUUCCAAGAGUUUGACCGGGACUACCGUCUUCAUUCUUUGAACUACGGUUUCCAGAAGAAGAUCGCCACCUUGGACCCACGUUCGCAAGAUUUCGAACAUAUCAUCCGGCAUUAUGUAGCUUCGCGUGAGAGCAUCGGUGCAUCGUUGGGAUUGUUCGUGCGGAAUGUCGCAGGAACGAAACGAAAAGCCGACCGGAUCGAUGAUCGCGAGGAAGAUACCGAGCAGAACAAGAGAACCCGAGACACAAGCUCCCAAAAACCUAGCAUGUUUGGCUCGCAACCUACGCCUGCAUUGUCUAACUCAACAGGGCCUGUCGCCACUAAUACUGCACUUGGUGGUCGGGCGUCUUCAACGGCAGCUGGCAUACUCGAGGACAAGGCCUCUGGAUUUGGAUUGAACAACAUAUCCGGAAGUUCGCCAGCCCCCACAGGGUUUAAGCCGACUGCAGCUCCUUUUGCUGGGCUUAACUCGACCUCCGCUGCAGGCGCUAAUCCUUUCUCCCGUGCAAAUCAAAUAACGAACACGCCGUUAACCAUGCCCUCGACAACACCAACAAAACCACCACCAAAGCAACCGAUUUUCGAAGUUCCCAAGUUUGGUGGUGGGAACACGAACUUCCUUGCUGCGUUUGGUCAGAAAGCACAGGCAAAUGCUGACAAGUUUGAGAAAGAUCUGAUUGAAAAGCGCAAGGCCGAGGAGUUUGAUUCGGAUGAGGAUGACGAGGACGCGUUUCGCAAACGGAUUGAAGAGGAAAACCGAGCAAAAAAGGCAAAAAUUGACGCUGUAGCAAAGGCAGGAUUCAAACCGACGUUCGGUUCUAAUACUCCCGCACAGCCAUCCAAGGAGAAGGACGCUACCAAAGCUUCCUUUACAGGGUUCACCUCUUCAGCAUCUUCAAAUCCUUUUUCUGCGCUCUCGUCCAAGGAUGUUAGCGCAGAACAAUCAGAAGCUGCAGACGCCGAUGAGAAUGACAACAGCGAAUCAAGCCAUGAUCAAGCCGCAGACAGUGAUGAAGAUGAAAGCGGUAACGAUAGCGAAGAGGGAGCGGAGCCUGAAGAUGACCUUCCUGAAGAUGAGGUAGCUGAAGAAAACCGAGAGGAAGAGGACGAAGACGAUAAUGACCUUCGGGCAGCUAUGGACAGGGCCAAAAGCAAUCCGAACGCUGGUAAGAGCUUAUUCGAGCGCAUUGAGCCAAACCCGAACAAAGAGAAAGCAAUCCCGACGAAUGGAGAGAAAAAAGAGUCUGAAGCGGGAUCGCCUCCUGCCGUGCAGCCAGCCAUGAACUCCUCUCUUCUUCCAUCGAACUGGGGAUCUCAGAUUGGCAAAUCGACACCUGACCAGCCAUCGGUUUCGCCCUUCAAUUCUUCCACUGGCGCAUCUCCUUUCAAGCCAACGAGCGGGUUCAACUUCAGUCCGACACCAGCAAAUACAACCCCCGCGGCCGCUCUCGGUGCUUCAAUCUUUUCUGGUGGAGCUACCAAAAAUGGUCCUGUUCCAGGAGAGGGUUUAUUUGGCUCUCGGCCGAGUACGCCGAGCAAUGCAGACAAGAAUGCCAGCCUUGCCAAAGCGGUUUUCACCUCUCCAGCAGGGACUGACAACACUUGGAAGGAAGGUGCGCCGAUCUCUUUCGCAAAUGGAGACAAACAUGCAAGUGCCCCUAUUUUCAAAUUCACGGCGGCCUCCCCAGCCGAGAAGGAGGACUCAGCUACCCCCAAGCCGCUUAGUACUCUCUUUGGCACGACUGCCCCGGGCUCGAGAGGCUCCGACACACCAAGUCUAGGCUUUCAAUUCGGAGCCCCUACCCCGUCACCGGCACCUGGCUAUCUGGGUGCCAUUUCUCAUCUAGGAGGUGGUUCUGUCGCUAGUUCUGCUGUCUCGUCUCGCGCCACCUCGCCUGGCCUGACCGAUAACGAAUCUGUUGCCACAAACGAGACCGACGAAAGCACCGAAGAUCCACAAACUUCUUUGAUGGACUCACGAGCAGGAGAAGAGAACGAGAAUUGCCUUUGGGAAGGCCGCUCCAAAGCCCUUAUGUUUGUCAACAAUGAAACCGCGAAGGGCACCAAAUACGCUCCGAACGAGUGGAAUUCGAUGGGCGUGGGCCAGAUCCGAGUGCUCAAGAACAAGGAGACCAACAAAACCCGAGUGGUGUUCCGCGUGGAACCGAGCGCUAAUAUUCUUUUCAAUUCUCAUCUUGUGGGGAGCACGAACUACGAGAGUGUCCCGAGUAAUAAGAGUGGCGCGGUGAGGGGAGCACUGAUGUACAAAGGGAAUCUUACGCGAUUAGUGUUCAAAUUGAGAACGCCGGAGAUGGCGACUGAGUUGGCGAAGAUUCUGGAGGAGAACAAAAGUGCCUGAAAAUUCUGGGAGUGUGUUCUUAAUUUGAGAUGGAUGGGAGGUCGAGCGAGAAAGGCAUGUACCAGAUGCAGAGAUUUGCACAGCGAUGGAGUUUUGCGGGCCUUGUUUUAUCAGUGUACAGCAACAAGAUAUGUGUGAUAUGAUGCCACCACAUCUACACCAUCGCAUGAGACGAUAUUGUGUAUGUCCGCAAAGGUUGAGUUCGGUUUGAAAGAGAUUGGGCCUCCUUGUUGCCAUCAGGGGCAGGUUGAGCUACCUCUUCGACACUUGAAGCUCCCUGAGCGUCGAACUGACAAUGCCGGAGCGGUUGAGUGAUAUGGGCGAGCUCGGAAAGCAUUGGAAAGGAAUGCAGGCCUACGUAGAAACUUUGAAAUAAAG